AAGGCAUGCAAGGGCUUCAACAAUCAUCAUAGAUUCCCUUAAUAGAGUGAAUAUACAGGACAAACAGUGAGAAGCAAUCACCGUAUUGAGACGAAAGAACCAAACUAAAUAAAAGACGAAAAAUACACAACAUUGCCAAAUGUGGUAAAGUGGGAGAGGAGACCUGCAGCGUUUACUUCAGCUCUUUUGUCACCAUAAAUCCUUCUUUCUUUCUUCCUCACUCCUCCUCGUCUCAACUUUCUCAUCUUCCAGAUAUUGACAUUUACAGCCACAAACAGCUUUCUGGGAGGAGCAAUUAGUUCUGCUCAGGGCACUGGUCUUGGAGGCACUCCAAGAGCAGUGGCAUAUCUUUGAAUCUGAGAACUUGCUAAGACACGUGAACAAACAUCCAUCAACAUGUCUGGAAAUUGGAACAACACUACCGAUAACUGGAACGGCGGUGGUGCCGACGGCAAUUGGAACGAAGGUGGCUUUGGUGACGACACUGGAUACCGCGAAGAAAUCCCCGGCAGUGUUGGGGAGGGCGGAAAGACCAACAAUAAUGAUGCCUGUCACAACUGUGGACAGCCCGGGCAUUUUUCACGCGAGUGUCCCGAGCCUCGCAAAGCGUCUGGUGCUUGUUUCAACUGUGGUGAAGAAGGCCACAACAAGGCGGAAUGCCCAAACCCGCGCGUUUUCAAGGGAACUUGCCGCAUUUGCCAGGCGGAAGGGCAUCCGGCUUUCGAAUGUCCGGACAAGGCCCCAGACGUUUGCAAAAACUGCAAAGGCGAAGGCCACAAAACAAAGGAUUGUACCGAAAACCGCAAGUUUGAUCAGCAUGACAUUCCAGACAAAAUGCCUGAGGAAGCUUGGGCAAUCCUUAAGAAGGCGAGCGAUGAAAGAGACUUGGAAGAUUUCCGUGAAGCCCUUAAGAUCUAUUCCAAGGCUGUUCCGUUGGCAACAUUUGACGAAAUUGAGAAAAGGUUUCGCGCAGACAACUUCAAGAUCUACCUUAUUGGGCUGGAAAGGGAAAUUGGGGACACCCUCAUUUCGGUGAAUCUUCAAGGCAAAUUAAAUUGCAAAUACGUUGUCGGGUUUUAUUUUAGCGAAAAGCCCCAUCGUGCGAAUCUCAAGUCGCGCUGGCCACGUUCCCCAGAGGAGAAUAUCAAGCGCCUUGCCGAUGCCGGCUUUCCCAUGGAUCGCCAAGUCCCCAAGUGUGACAAUUGUGGAGAAAUAGGUCAUACCCGCCGUGGUUGCAAGCAGGAACCUGCUACAGUUGAAAGAGUUGAGGUCAAGUGUGUCAUUUGCAAAGAAAUAGGCCAUCGAGCUCGCGACUGUAUCCAGCCCAGGAUUGACAAAUCUGGCUGUCGGAACUGCGGGAACCCUGACCAUCACGCCAAGCAAUGUCCUGAGCCACGCUCCGCUGAGGGCGUAGAAUGUAAGAAAUGCCAGCAAGUCGGCCACUUCGCCAAAGAUUGCCCUGAGAAAGGUGUCAACAGCAGAGCUUGUCGCAAUUGCGGAGAAGAGGGUCAUAUGUCCAAGGAAUGUGACAAGCCUCGAAACAUGGAUAACGUUACUUGUCGUAACUGCGAGAAGACCGGCCACAUGAGUCGCGACUGCCCCGAGGAGAAGGACUGGUCCAAGGUCCAGUGUACCAAUUGCAAGGAGAUGGGCCACACGUUCAGACGCUGUAACAAACCAGCUGAAGGUGCUGACAGUGACAAUGCAGAUAGCUAUGGUGGAUUCUAUGGAGCAGGCUAUGGCAGCAAGAAUCACCACGAUCAAACACGUGGCCGGAAGGAAACCACAGCUCAAUCCGCAGGAAACUGGUAUGAAAGCCCAACCGACGGCGGCGCUGGUUGGUAAAUAUGCAAUUCCCAUUUUGGCUGGACCUUGCAAAAACACCAGCUUUCCAUGGCGUGUUAAGUAUCUUCCGGAUCUGAAAAACGCUCUGAGCUAUGGAGACGCAUUCUGGAUCUUUUUUUUGGCAAGGGAAGGACAAAAGGAACUUCAAAUGGACUCUUACUCUGGGAUAUCUCUUGUUAACUGAUCGCAUCUGAAAACUCAAAGAAAC